AUGGUGCGGACUGGUGUGUCACGGUGCGGACUGGUGUGUCACGGUGCGGACUGGUGUGUCACGGUGCAGACUGGUGUGUCACGGUGCAGACUGGUUUGUCAUGGUGCGGACUGGUUUGUCAUGGUGUGGACUGGUUUGUCAUGGUGUGGACUGGUUUGUCAUGGUGCAGACUGGUUUGUCAUGGUGCGGACUGGUUUGUCAUGGUGUGGACUGGUUUGUCAUGGUGUGGACUGGUUUGUCACGGUGCAGACUGGUUUGUCAUGGUGCGGACUGGUUUGUCAUGGUGCAGACUGGUGUGUCAUGGUGCGGACUGGUUUGUCACGGUGUGGACUGGUUUGUCAUGGUGCGGACUGGUUUGUCAUGGUGCGGACUGGUUUGUCACGGUGCAGACUGGUUUGUCAUGGUGUGGACUGGUGUGUCACGGUGCGGACUGGUGUGUCAUGGUGCGGACUGGUUUGUCACGGUGUGGACUGGUUUGUCAUGGUGUGGACUGGUGUGUCACGGUGCGGACUGGUUUGUCACGGUGCAGACUGGUUUGUCAUGGUGUGGACUGGUGUGUCACGGUGCGGAAUGGUGUGUCAUGGUGCGGACUGGUUUGUCACGGUGUGGACUGGUUUGUCAUGGUGUGGACUGGUGUGUCACGGUGCGGACUGGUUUGUCACGGUAAGGACUGGUUUGUCCUGGUGCGGACUGGUUUGUCAUGGUGCGGACUGGUUUGUCACGGUGCGGACUGGUUUGUCACGGUGCGGACUGGUUUGUCACGGUGCGGACUGGUUUGUCAUGGUGCGGACUGGUUUGUCAUGGUGUGGACUGGUUUGUCAUGGUGUGGACUGGUUUGUCACGGUGCAGACUGGUUUGUCACGGUGCGGACUGGUUUGUCAUGGUGUGGACUGGUGUGUCAUGGUGUGGACUGGUGUGUCCUGGUGCGGACUGGUUUGUCAUGGUGCGGACUGGUUUGUCAUGGUGCGGACUGGUUUGUCAUGGUGCGGACUGGUUUGUCAUGGUGCGGACUGGUUUGUCAUGGUGCGGACUGGUUUGUCAUGGUGCGGACUGGUUUGUCAUGGUGCGGACUGGUUUGUCACGGUGCGGACUGGUUUGUCAUGGUGCGGACUGGUUUGUCACGGUGCGGACUGGUUUUAG